AUGAUUUUGUGGUACGGAGGCUUUGGGUUGUUUUUACGGCAGCCACAAGUCGAUGUCCGGGUGGGGCAACUGAUGAUGAAUCACACAAAAGACAAAGCCAAGGCAUGGCUAGUGCGGGAGUACACUGGAGAGUGGCGUUGGAGUUGUGUCGUGAAGAAGUUGAGGCAGCGCUUUCUUACGAAGUCUCGCGAGGAGGACGAGAUUGGUCGUCUGUUCGAUUGCACCCAAGGUACACGCUCUCUGGAUCAGUACAUUGAGGAGUUCAUCCGCCUUUCGCGGACAGAAGAAGUCUCUGUUAAGUUCAAGAUGAUCCUGUUCAAGAAGGGUCUCCACUCGCAGGAACUCCGAAACUUUCUGCAGACCAAGCAACACACAACGCUA